GCUGUUGGUUGCUAGGGGCAACACAAGCACCAGGCGACGCUGGCGGACAAAGUCACAAUUUUGCAGUUGUAUUUGAGUUAAGCCCUGAUAACUUUAAAACUGUUUUUUUUUUAAUGUACGAUAAAUAGUCUGAGUGGAAAUGCCACCAAAGGCAGCUAAAAAGGGCUCUGCUAAAAAGCCCAGUGCAGCUGGAGCCGCAGUUGUCAACAAGAACUGGGAGGCUGGUCUCACCAGAGCACAGUUUGAAGAGGAUUCAUGGCAGGCCUGUGUGUCUUUUGUGGUUGGGAGAAGUCCAGAGGAUGAGGAACUGAUCAGGGCUUUGGCUUUGGCUGCACAGCAACCAUUACGCAGGUUUUUCACCUUGUUGACCUUGGACGGCACCCUUGCAAAGAUCCAUGAACUGGGGAAUCCUAAAGCAAAGAAACCUGACGAUAUCCCCACCUUUUAUGAGGUUACAGAGCCUGCUAAAGCGCUGCUGGAUGCAGGAGAGGAGAUUCCCUGUGACCUGAUGGCAAAAAUACUGAAGUUUCAGCUGCUUCAGAUUAAAGCCAAUGAUCAGCAGAGGAGGGAGGACGAGAAGGCUGAGGAGGAGAAGGCAAAGGCCGGUCCUCCUUCUGUCAACAAGGACAAAGGAGGGGCCAAGGACAAAAAGGGGAAGAGUCCGCCCUCACCUGUGGCAAUGGCCAAGGAGAAGAAGACCAAGCUCAAACGCCGGGAGGAUGUUGAGCCACCAACCUUUAUAGAUGAUGAACCAGAGGAUGGCCCUCAACUCUAUAUCCUGGUGCUGGGCUUCUACCAGCCCCACCUGAUUGGGGCUCUUGAUGCCAUAGGAGUGCAUGUAGCCAAUGUCAUCAAGUUGUGUUCGGAGCACACACAAACAUCUGACACCAGUAAGAGGAGUGAGCAGAGUCAGAGAGUGUCUCCAGUUUUUGAUGCAGAAGCAGAGGAUGGUAGUGAAGAGCUGGCUGUGCAGGCCAAGAAGUUGGAUGUAUUCUGGUCAGGGCUUAGAGGAGUUUUGGACAACGGGCCAAUGCAGUCCAACCUCCAUGAUGUGGUUCAGCUCAGCUACACUGUCCCAGAUCUCUCGUCUCCCUUCCACCCACAGGAGCCUGAGGCUGAGGUGGAGAUGGGAAUCCAUAUAUUUGAUGGUGUGGCCAAUCUCAUCUAUGACUGCCUGGACUGGCGCAGGCAACAUCAGCACUACCUGGACAACAUCAGACUCAUCAAUGUACCCACUGCUGUUGGGUCAGACCCACAGUCUUCAGAGGUUGUGCUGACCCCUGUCCCCAUGACUCCACGCUCCAAGAAGAAGUCAGUGCGUGAAGAAAACCCUCCAAACCAAGAGACGGAGCAGCCUCCUUUCUCUACCAAUGUGGACAUGCGUUACUAUAGCAACCUGCUCGACCUAGUUCCCCCUGAAGCCUGCUCUGUGCCACUAAUCUUGCACUGUAUGCUGGAACAGGUCUGUGUGGUGAUUUCAACAGAACAGGCUUUGUCCACCCCGUCCCAUGUGGCUGAGGAGCCCAAACCUGGUCCUGGGUUAGAUCAUGAGCUGAUCAGCUUCAUGCUCCAAAGCUUCCUGCCUCUGAUACACACAAAAGAGGAGAGAAGCCACAUGUUAAACAGUUUGCUUUCUACAGCCCAGAAUGAAGAGGACAAGAAGAAGUUAUUGGAGACAUUUGGAACAGAGGAGACUAGGAAGAAGUCUGAGCACCCGCUGGUUAUCAGACACCAUGAUGAGAGGGCACUGCGCUUGAGGGAUAUCAGAGCGGCUCAGGGUUUUGAUCCAGCAGAGGUGGAGUUGUCCAUGAUGAGGCAGUCUCCAGUGUGGGAGCUGAUCCACUCUGUAGCUCAGCAGAGACACAAUGACUCCUGCUGGAUGGCAAUUAAACAGCAGCUACAACACUAUUGCACUGACGAUGUUGUGUCAUGGCUGGAAGUGGAGCGUUUAUUUCAUCAGAGUGUGUUUGAGAGUAUGCCACUGACCAGGCUGGACCAAAAGGGUGUGCUAGUGAAUGCUCCUGGACCACUGGGAACACUGGAACCAGCACAGCAACAGACAUCCACAAUAAUCCCCUGGGACAACCCACUAUCCUACGCUAAACAGCAGCUUAAUAACCUACGUACUAAAGGUUCGACGUUUCUCACUGAAGAUCCCGAUAACACAGAGCGGAUCAGUGGGGGAGUGUGUUGCCAGCUGGACUUAUCUGACAUUCAGAGUUGUAGGCUGAGAUCUCUGUUUGACUGGCACUAUGCUGAACACCACAGUGCCUCUAUCUUCCCACAGGUACUCCAGUUAGCCUCAGAAGAAUAUCGCUGCUUGGACACCUUCAGAGGAAGUCAUAACAACAUCCUGUACAUUUUCUGUCACAAUCCAAUGAGCCCUUAUCGCCAGUGCAAGGAGUUCUGGGAUGUAGCCCUUCACACUGAUGUCAAGUUCAGGAAGUACCUGGAGAAUGUGGCAGAUAUAAUUUCAGAUUGGACAAAAGAGGAGGAAUUAAAGAGAGAGGCAAUGCUACUCAGAAAUCUCAGGCCUGCUGAGUCUCCAAAAGAUGGAAGGGCUACAGAUUCUGCAGAGGAGGAGGACACUCUGGAGCCAGUCAUCAGAAAAGACUCCCUUAAAGCCUGGAAAUUGGAACAGGAGCAGCUCAAGGAGGAGGAGAUGGCCAAGAAAUCAAAGAAGGAGAAUACACCGAAAGGCAAGCAGCAGAAGGAGGAGCCUAACUCGAAGGACAACAAGAAAAGUAGCAAGAAGAGCAGAGCAGAGACAGCAGGAAGCUCAGCCAAGACUCCCACAGAGUCCAUUAGUACCACAGCGCCCCCUGUGGAGGAAAACAAAGAACUGCCUCCAGCAGAAGAACCAUCCAAUGGUUUCACAGGCUACAGCAUGGAUGGAAAGUUGAUCCAUGUGUCAGGUCGUCUCCAGUACCUUUUCCCUUCAGAUGGAGGACACAUCACUGUGGAGAAUGUCAGCUUUGUUGAAGGUUCCAGCCUGAUGAAAGUGUCUGUGAGAAAGGAUGGGCAUCAUUUCUACACACACAUCAACCAAACUGUUGUUGAGCCAGCAGUUCCUGCCCCUCAUUCCGAAGACAAAGAAAUAAAUGGCACAAAAGAAGAUUUUAAAGUGUCAGAGCCUGUGGCAAUGAAAAUAGUGAAGGAGGGCUCCUUCUCAGCGGUGUUAGACAAUGGAAUCCACCUCUCAUACAGUUUCUAUGGUCCUACAGGAGAAUACAUAGUGAGUCCCCAGGAAACAGAGGAAGGGGCCCCAGAAACCUCCACCUUUGUCCCUAUCUCUCUCUCGUCCUCCACCCACCGCUCCAAGGGGACAGACCUGGAUUCAGUUCCCUCCAAGACACACAGCCCAUCCAGCCACACCAGACCUCCAGAGUCCCAGUCUAAGGUGUGUGAUGGCCACCCAGCAUUGCCAUCAAGUCCAUUCAACAGCCUCAAUCUGUCUGUUCCUAAUGGCCUACUUCUGCAAUUUCUGCGAGAGGAAAUACAAGGAGUGUCCUCAGAAGAGCAGGGCAUGUUGGUGAAACAGGGCUUUCCUCUUCAUGGCACGGCAGUUGUAGGGCAAGUUCAGGACCCCUCCCUCUCCAAAGAACUGUCCCGCAUUGUCACUAGCCAGGGAGCGGUGAUCAGAUGCAUGAGAGACGGCUCCACAGAGGUUCUGUUUGCUGACGGCUCAGUCAGUUUCAGUCAGGAUUCUGGUCCAGUGUGGGUUCCUGACUCUGAGGUUGAGGAGGAAAACCCCUCUCAAGAAACUGAGGACAAGCAGAAAGAGCACAGCUCAGAGAAGGAGGCUGAUGCUCAAAGAGGGUGUUGGUUAACUACGACUCCAUCUGGAGCUCGCAUCUACACUGUGGGGACCACACACAGGCAUAUACCCACCCCGCCUCUUCUCGCCUUUAAGGCUACAGACCCCAUCACCAAUGAGGUGAUGCUGAGCCGGGAGGAUCUGGUAGUUUCUGUCCAGAAUCCAGACGGAUCUCUAAGUGUCGAACAUGCAGACGGAACCAGGAUCACCAGUCUCUACCAAGACAGACGACCAGACACACCACAGAACAUACUGCUGCACACAGGGGAGCACCCUGUUAGUGUGACCCUCAAAUCAACUUCUGAAUGUGCAUGCAGCUGCACGGAGUGCGUGUGUGUCACACGCUGCGUGGACAGCGUUGAUGAGAAUGUGCACAUCCAGGCUACAUUUGACAAUGGAGAAGAGAUAAGCAGGGACAGUGCAGGGAAACUGUGUGACAAUGAGGAUGCUGGACACACAUGUACAAUGCUGAGUGAGUGUGAGCAUGAAAGAGGAAGUAGUGUGUACAAAAAUGUUGAAGAGAGCGUGCUUGCAGAAGAUACCAUGGCUGACAAUGGUAAGAGGAGUGCAUGUGAGAGCGAUAAGGGGAGUGUGUCUGCCAAAGAGCGGGUGGUAUUGGUGGAGAAGGAGGGCUGUGCCACAGUGGCGAUGUACCCAGACCGACACACGGCUCACAUCUUUUUAGCCGAUGGAACUGUCAUCACUGGGAACAACCAAGGCGCCUAUCAGGUGUUCCCAUCCAGUGUGGGGCUCCUGCAGAUCCAAAGUGACGGAAAGUGUGUGUACUCGUCUGACCCACUUGUAACCCCCAGUCCAAAGGGUGGCACUCCCACAAACCAACCAGGAAGCUACACCAUGAGUCACACAGACGAAGUGGCCUGUGACACUACAGAUCCUGAUGGGAACCACUUCCAGGUGAUGGAGGAUGGACAGUUGUCAGUGUUGAACUUCAGCCCUGCUCCAAGCACACUGAAACAGGAUGAGGAACAGCCAGGGGAGGAGGAGGACAGAGAACUGGCCAGGAUUAAUGUAAAACACAGAGAACAUUGUCCCAGGCUGUUUCUGGUGCAUGAGGAUGGCUCUGGUACUGAAUUACUGAGUUCUCAAACAGUAGAGGAAGUGCUCUACCAGGCGUACUCUGACCCUACCAUAGCGCUGCUGAAGGAACCAUUGCCAGACACACAAGAUGAGUUUGGCAUUACCAUCCUAAAGCCCGGCCACCAGAGUGCGUGGUCCCAGUGGUUGCUAGGGAAACAGAACCCUGACAUCACCCCUCCCAACCUCAGAAACCGCAGCUGGCAUGACUUUCCUAGAACAGAGAAAAAGAGGCCAGGUCCUCCACUGGGUACUGACUUGGGACGAGGUUUGACUGUGAGAGAGAGGUCUGCUGGCUCUGCAGCACAGCGUCAGCCUGUCAGGAGCUGCCCUGAAGUCCUAGAGAUGAGGGAACUGUACCAGCAUCGACCAUUCACCACAGCACUCAGAAAUCGUGUAGACACACAACUGAAGGAAUACAUUGAGAAUUUGAUGGAAAGGGAGCAGCGAUCAGAGGAGAUGAGAGUUAAAAACCCUCGCACGGAGGAGGAGAGUGCUCAUGCCAGUGAUCUGCUCAACCUAGUCCUGUCUUUUGCAGAAGAAGAGGAUGCAGGUCACAUCUUUGACAAGAGGACCUCAGUGGACAUAGUCAGUCUGUACAGCCAAGGAGUUGGAGCCCCGAAUGAACAGUCAGAUUUUUCAGAAGACACAGCCACAGUAGCUACUAACAGUUUUGCUAAUGGAAAGGAGUCAAAAUGGACUGAAAGACUUGCACAGCACAGGCAAGAGAUGUAUGAGGAGCAGGCUUGCAGAGAGGCUUUGAGGAAGAAGAACAUUGUUCCGUUUUUCCACCCAGAAAAUAUUCCAUUAUACCAGAACCUGCUGCAGCACCAAAUACCAGACAUGAUGAGUCUCUCCAUGGAUCUCCCUCCGAUCCCUAAGUCAGACAGUGCUGAGGCCUUCCUGAAAGAUGCCCCACUAGAGAACACUCCACGACCCUUUAACCCAACACCCUCUCAGUCUGCGAGUCAUGCAGCAGGAAGUGACAGGAAGCUUGGAAAAAGACCCACCAACCCCACGCCUCAGACUGCUGGUGAAAGCAGUCUGAAGGGUUCAUCUGGGCAGUGUAAGUCAAUCCAGGUGGAUGUGACUGGAAAGGCCAGGAAGACUAAAGUCAGACUACCAGCCUCUAUCCUCAGCUCUAAGCCCUGCAGCGUACCAAAUCAGCAGUUCCUGGCAGUGGAAGAGCCGGUGAGAAGGAAGUGUCGAACUAUUUCCCUGACCGAUCCAAGUGCCAUAGUGAGGGGAUUCCAGCUCCUCCCAGCCAGCGUUGAUUUUGGCACGCUGCAGGAGGGCACCUCCUCGACCAUUACUGUGAGAAUGAAGAAUGUGGGUGUCGACACCUGCAGGUUCCACGUGAAACAGCCUCCUCCUGCUACAGGCCUCAGAGUCAUCUACAAUCCCGGGCCUGUGGCCGCAGGUUUGCAUGUUGAACUGCAGGUUCAGCUGUUUGCCAUGAGUGCAGUCCAAGCAGGAGAGGUAGAGCCAAAGAAGUACAUCUCCCAGGAUAUCAUCAUCCACACAGAGACGGACAUCCUUUACCUGCCUGUCACUGCUACCAUCCUUCCUCAGAGGUUGUAUGACAUUUGGCUCAAGGAUCACACAAGUACACACACCAAAAAAGCCUCCAGGGUCCGUCAGCUUUCUUCCAGCCUACCAGGUGGACAGAGGGGCUGCACAGCCCCACAGACGACCGGGUACACUCCAGACCGGUCCUUCAGCAAGCACGGGACACCCUAAUUGUACCACCAGUCUGUGAGGAAUACAUCACCAACCUCCAAUCAGAUUUUACAUCAUUCAAGUCUUCAUUCCAUCACCAUCCCACUACAUUCCUCUAUUUUGUUCCACAAAAAUGGAAAAACUUUAAUGUAUUUUAAUAAUUUCCUCUGUUUCAAAGGUUGAAUAAAAUCUGAAAUACACUGAAAUAA